GUGAACAGUGCUCUUCAUAUUGAACAAUAGCACCCGGCUUGUUGAUCAAGUCUUUGGUCUUUACGUUACAUACGUCUGCGGCUCGCAACACCAUCUUACCAACAUGUUUUUCUCAAAGUCUCAGGCUCUCCUGGCUACUCUGGCCGCAGUCAAGACUGCUCUGGCUCAUACCACCUUUACUGAAUUUUACAUUGAUGGCGUUAGCAAUGGCGCUGGUACCUGCGUGCGUAUGAAUCACGAUGGCGCUAAAGCCUCCUUUCCCCUAGAAGACUUCAACAGCAAUGAUAUGGCGUGUGGCCGUGAUGGAACUAAAGGUGUCGACCGUGUCUGCACCGCCAAAGCCGGCUCCACCAUCACCUUCGAAUGGCACGCCUGGGCCAAUGACAAGUCGCAAAUCGUCCUCGACCCUGGCCAUGCCGGUCCUUGUGCAGUCUACAUGAAGAAGGUCGACUCCGCCCAGAAAGAUACUGCAUACGGUGACGGCUGGUUCAAAGUCUGGGACAUGGGCUAUGUUGACAAUAAAUGGUGUACUAACAAAAUGAUCGACGACAACGGCAUGAUAUCCAUCAAAAUCCCCAACCUUGCGUCCGGCUAUUACUUGAUCCGUCCCGAGCUCCUUGCAAUGCAUGCUGUCAACAGUGGCGAUCCGCAGUUCUACGCCGGUUGCGCACAAGUCUUCCUCGAGUCUGAUGGCGACCUGGGCCCCGAGUCCACCGUCAGUAUUCCUGGCUAUGUCAAGAAGACAGAUGAGAGCGUGACGUGGAAUAUCUAUGACAAGAAGCACGACAACGCUGACUACCCUACCCCUGGCCCACCUGUUGCGCACCUCGUACCUGGCGUCCAGGGCGCAAGCAUCAAGGCAAAUAAAGCAGAAGGCCAGCUCCCAGAAGGCUGCAUAAUCCAGAAUGCAAACUGGUGUGCAUUCGAAGUGCCCGAAUACGAUACAGAGACCGAAUGUUGGGCCUCGCAGCAGAACUGCUGGGAGCAGCAGAACGAGUGCUGGGACAAAGUCCCGCCCACGGGCGGUGCUGGCUGCGAUGUACUCCACGCACGCUGCGACUAUCUCAACGCCCAGUGCGCAGCCAAAAAUUGGGUCGGCCCUCCAGACGCGGGCAAAGUGCUGUAUCAUCCCCAAAGCACGCUUAGCAACGUUCCGCAGGCGUUGCCCACGCAUGGCGGUGGUGUUGUAGCGCAGAACAGCAUUGCGCCGAGCGCGGCUGUACAAACGCAUAGCCCAUCGCCGUCGUCGAGUGCUGUCGAUAAUGAUCAUGAACAACAUGAAGUUGCCCCGGCUCCUUCUCCUGCCGCUGCGCAAACAUCGGCUCAGGAUUCACCGGCUCACGAUGCUCCUGCACCGACUCAUGCGCCGUCUGCCCCUGAGAACGACAAUGAGAAUCACGAUGAUAGUUACGACAAUGAUAAGAACGUUGUUGUCGUCACGGACGUCGUCUAUGCGACGCAGGUUGUGUGGCAGACAAUGUGGGUCAAGCACUAAUAAGGGGUUUAAUGACAACGCAUACUCGAUCCCGGUGUGCCGUUUCCAGAGUAUGGUCUCUGGGCUUCAUGUGAAGGUC